AUGGCUACAGGUCACCUAGUUCUGAAGCCUACCACUCGUCAUCCCAAGCAAACAAUUUCUGAGGAUAUUUCUAGACUGACCAUCGACCCUCAAAAGAGUAACAGCAGCUCCCAGUCUUCAGAAACGAGUUCCAAUUUUGGUGCUGUUCUCCAGCCCAAGAAGGAGAGAGGUAAGAAGAAAACGAAGGGCAGAAGCAGCAAUUUCUUCAGCAUUACUGACAAUAAAAUUGAGGGGAUCAGAGCUAAGCAGGUAGGAAUUUUCCAGUUUGGUAACACCCACGAAGGCCACCAGAAAGAAAUACAAGUCGACUCCAGUAGUGGAGAAACCGACUCGGGCUCCAGUGAAGAAGAAGAGUAA